CAAUGCCGUCGCUAAAAUGAGGACGGCCUUCCACGCGAGCGGGACGCGUUUCCAGACGGUGUUCUUUCGUAGCGCCUCUGACCGCACUUUCGCGGCCUCGUCGGCCUUUUUGACUUCCUCGUCGAACGGGAUCCGGUCGAUCUCGUCCUUGCGGUUCGUCAGUUCUUGGUCGAGGUAGUAUGCCGCGACGAGUAAACUCCCGCCCUGCAGUGCGGCGGCUGCGGUCACGAACAGCACCGAGCAGACGGGCGCGUAGGACUCGUUUAUUACUAAAAAGGCACCGCCGAUGGUAGUAGGUAGGAUCAGGAAGAAUACUGGUAAUGUCCCUAUCAGGAUCGGUAGGAGCGGUAGUUUCAGGAUGCCGCACAACACGCUCGUCGGCCAGUCCGGUCCGCCCACUAGUAACGCACACUUGGCCCACAACGCGCCGCGUUGCGUUAGAUGUAAAGUUCGCUAUUGUGACUCGACUUGCCAGCAUGACCACUGGCGCCGCGGCCACAAGCAGAUGUGUAAGAAAAUACACCGCGGCGGCAACGCAGAACAGUAUAAUGCAGACAAAAAAUACAAGGAAGCCGUCGCGGUCGCGGUCGAGGCGUGCGCCGAGGACACGAAGGGGCAGACGUGCUUUAUUUGCACGCAAGCAUUGCAUUGGAAGACGAAGGAGGGCCUCGUGCGCGGUUGUGCGUGCCGCGGGACGGCGGGCUUCGCGCACGUGUCGUGUUUGGCGGAGCAGGUUAAGAUUUUGGUCGCGGAGGCGGAGGAGAACAAUCUCGACAAGGUGGUGGAUGAGAGGUUCGGGCGGUGGCGCGCGUGUAGCUUGUGCGAGCAAGACUAUCACGGCGUCGUGUGUCAUGCGCUCGGGUGGGCGUGCUGGAAAACGUACGUGGGCCGGCCGGAGACAGACCAGCUUCGGAGCGUGGCGAUGGGGCGGCUUGGGGCCGGUUUAUCCGCUGCAGAUCACAACGAGGACGCGUUGUCCGUGAAAGAGGCCCAGUUGUCUAUGCUGCGGCGUAUAGGCGCUCCAGAAACAGUCAUCCUCAACACGCAGGGCAAUCUUGCGAUUGCGUAUGGAUUGCUGGGACAGCAUGAGCGGGCACUGCAGAUGAAGCGAGACAUAUACUCAGGACGCUUGGUGCUCUUCGGUGAGGAAGAUGAGAACACAAUCAGAAUGGCCUACACCCUCGCGAAUUCGCUUCGUUUACUGCAGCGCUUCGAUGAAGCCAAGUCGCUGUUGCUAAAAGUGACACCCGUGGCGCGACGCGUUCUCGGGGAGAAUCAUGAUAUCACGCUCGCAAUGAGAACGUCUUAUGCGAGUGCGCUCUACAGUGACGACGGCGCCAAGCUCGACGAUCUCCGCGAGGCCGUGGAGACGCUCGAGGAUAUAGAACGGACCGCGCGGCGCGUGCUCGGUGGCGCGCACCCGCUCACCUCGGGGAUUAAGAGCGAACUGCAAAAGGCGCGAGCGGCCCUCCGCGCCCGCGAGACGCCGUCGCCGGGGAGCGCCUAA